AUGGCCACCUCUAGUUCUACCCCUGGCUCUCCACGCGGCACCCCAACUAGUGACACCGCCACUACUAUGGUCACUCCACCUAUUCCGCCGGUUAAGCCUGACUUUCAUCCGGCCCUUGCUGUGACUAACAUAAAAAACAACAUCCCUUUCAAACUCGAGCUCGACAAGGAUCAUUAUGCUUUGUGGGCUGAGUUGUUUGAAACUCAUGCUCACGCUACUCAGGUGCUCCACCACAUCAUUCCUCAAGUUGGCAUGGAGCCUCCUACGCGCACCGAUGCUUCCUAUGCCCGGUGGGCCACUCUUGACUCUACUGUCAAACAGUGGAUUUAUUCCACCAUCUCCUUUGACCUUCUCGCCACUGUUAUGGAGAAAGGUUCUACUGCUAUGGCUACUUGGAACCGUAUAACUUCUAUGUUUGAGGACAAUCAGAACUCCCGUGCUGUCGCCCUCGACCAGGAUUUCAUCUCCACUCGCAUGGAGGAUUUUCCUAAUGUUUCGACCUAUUGUCAACUUCUGAAACAUAUCUCUGAUCAGUUGAGGAAUGUUGGUGCCCCUGUUAGUGAUCAUCGUCUUGUUCUCUAG